AUGCCCCGAAUACCGCAGCUCAGACCCGCCCUGCCGCGACGCACCUGUCUACCCUCGCGGCGUCGACACGUCUCGACCACCUCCCCCACGAGCACCCGCCUCCGUCAUGAAAAGCACCGGCACGACGGCGGCGGUGACGACGUCGUGGAUCUGGCGUUCCACCGGCACAAUCCACCCGACAAGACGGCGACAAAGGGACCGGGUCCCAUCAUCAUCAUGCACGGGCUGUUCGGGUCGCAGCGCAACAACCGGACUCUGAGUAAAGCGCUAGCCAAAGACCUCUCGCGGCCCGUCUACACCAUCGACCUCCGCAACCAUGGCGACUCGCCUCACUCGCCCGUGCACACGUACACGGCCAUGGCGCGGGACGUGGAGCAUUUCCUCGACACGCACAAAAUCCCCUCCCCAACACUGGUCGGCCACUCGAUGGGUGCCAAGGUCGCCAUGACGCUGGCCCUGCGCCAACCGGAGAGAUACUCGGCGCUGGUGCCGGUGGACAACGCGCCCGUGGACGCGGCCCUGCGGGGGGACUUUAGCAAGUAUCUGGACGCGAUGAGGGAGAUUGACGAGAUGAGACCGCGGCCCAAGAGACAGAGCGACGCGGACAAGAUCCUCGCAAAGUACGAGCCGGACCUGGCGAUCCGCCAAUUCCUCCUGACGAACCUGGUCAAGAUGCCCGUCGUCCAGCCGGGAGGAGCAGGCGGCGGCGGCGGCGGCGGCCCCGCGCACUCCUCGCACCAGCACCACGGCGCACGCAAGGACAGGGACAAGCACGACGCGACGGAACUACGCUUCCGCAUCCCGCUACACACGCUCGCCAAAUCCCUCCCGAACCUAGCCGACUUCCCCUUCAAGGACCCGGACACGCACAAAUACAAGGGCCCCACCUUGAUCGCCCGGGGCACGAAGAGCCACUACGUCGCCGACGACACCUUGCCCGUCAUCGGCCGCUUCUUCCCCAGAUUCGAACUGCGCGACUUUGACUGCGGCCACUGGGUCAUGAGCGAGAAGUUUGACGAGUUUCGCGCCGCGCUGGUCGAGUGGGUGGACCGCGUCGUCGACGAGACUUAG